CCUCCUCCCUCCCUUUCGCUUCCCGUCCAGUCUGCAGAUUUGACGCCCAGGAUGAUCGGUGCUGCUGCUCUGCUCGUGUACGCGUCUGCUGCGGUCGCGCUCAACAAUGGCGUUGCGAAGUUGCCCGUUCUUGGCUUUAACACUUGGAAUGCAUACCACUGCGACAUUUCCCAAGAGCUCGUGCUUCAACAAGCCCAGUACAUGAAAACCCUCGGCCUUCUCGAUGCGGGGUACACACAGUUCAACCUCGAUGACUGUUGGGGCGUCACAAAUCGCUCGUCGUCGGGCGAGAUCCAGUACAACACGACGCUCUUCCCCGACAUGAACAACUACACGGCUACGCUCAACUCGAUGGGAUUCAAAGCCGGUAUCUACUCGGACUCCGGCUGGCAAACCUGCGCGGGGUACAUGGGUUCGUUUGACCACGAGGACCAGGACGCGGCGACGUUCCAGAGCUGGGGCUUUGACUACCUCAAGUAUGAUAACUGUGCCAUCCCAUUCGACGACGAUGUGCAGCAGAACAUUCUCGGUAAAUACCAGCGCAUGCAGGACGCGCUCGAGAAGGUCGCGAACAGCACGGGAACGACGUUCGUCUUCAGUCUGUGCGAGUGGGGCUGGAGUCAAGUUUGGCUCUGGGGUGCGUCCGUUGGCCAUAGCUGGCGGAUUGAUGAGGAUAUCUCACCGUAUUGGUCGUCCCUUACGAGUAUCAUCAACCAGCUCUCGUUUGUCAACUUUGGAUCGCAGUUCUAUGGGCACAAUGAUCUGGACAUUUUGGAGAUUGGUAACGGGAACCUGACGUACGACGAGUCCAAGACGCACUUCACCGUGUGGGCGUUUGCGAAGUCGCCUCUCCUUAUAAGUGCCGAUCUCUCGAGCAUUAGCCAGGAGAACGUCGAAAUUCUGACGAACAGCGAGAUUCUCGCGAUCAGUCAGGACAAUGUGUACGGGCAGAGCGUGUCGCCAUUCCGCUGGGGACUCAACCCGGAUUGGACCACAAACGUCACCUAUCCUGCGCAGUACUGGAGCUUGCCUAGCGAGAACGGGACUGUCAUCAUGCUGAUCAACACACUCGACGACUCCGCGGACAUGUUCUUCAACUUGACCGAGUCGCCCUGGCUGCGCGCCGGCAUUCAGUACAGCGUCCGGGACUUGUGGUCGCACACCGACAACGGCACGGCCGUGCGCAACUACACUGCGGCCAGCGUGCCAUCGCACGGCGUCGCGGCACUGCUGUUCACCGAGGCGGGCCCCGAGCCCCAGGGCCUGUUCCCGCCGUGUGCGGGUGAGGACUUGCAUAAUUGCAUGGCAGAGAACGGAACGAGUUAUUCGCAGUAUUGGCCUGGGUUCUGAGCCAUGGGAUGGGCCAAGGGAAAUAUCAUUUGUCUUGUUUAUCUUGUACCAUUUUGUGCGUUGAAGAAAUUAGGUCAUCAUGGAAACGGGAUGAAACCGAACUGUGUUGGCUCUGAUGCGAACACCAGAGAAGGACUGGUAGAGUUCGGCGAAGGCUCCCAAUUUCUGUAUGUAUGUACAGUUGCAGCUACUACUCUGCUACACUUGAACAAGGGAAACAUCUCAAAGCCC